UCUUCUUUAUAAGCUGUUUUAUCUGUGAUGGAUUAGCUUUUGUAGGUGGGCGCACUUUUAUCUGAGCAUGAGAAUAGUUUUGUUCUUGGAGUUAUCGGUUGUAGUGUCUCAGCUUGAAGGCUACCUUCUCAUCGCCAUGUUGCAUUGUUGCACUAUCGUAGAGUUUGCUGCUUACCCAGCUUGUGGUCACAUGAUAUGUGUAUCAGUUGAAGCUGCCCCCGUCAGUGAAGAGACGAAAGCUAUUUAUGGAAUGAUUCGAAGAGGCAAACAUGAAGCUGUCCUGGAGAACAAGGAUGACAAUUAUUCAGAUGCCAAUGACGAUGAGGAUGAUAAUGAUGAGGAUGGAGAUGAUCCAGAAGACGAUGGAGGCGACGAUGAUUUCUCCGGAGAAGAGAACGACAAUGAAGGAGAUGGGGAAGAUGGACCCGAGGCCAAUGGUGGAGGAAGUGAAGAGGAAGAUGACGACGAUGAUGAUAAUGACGAUGAUGAAGAAGAGGAAGACGAUGAAGACGAAGAAGAGGAAGAUGAUGAAGAAGACGAGGAGCUGCAGCAGCCACCGACAAAGAAGAGGAAGUGAGGUGCCUUGCUGCAAUUUUUGGGAGGUAUCUGGUCCUUGUAGGGGUUUUCUUUCUUUCUUUCUAUUUUUGCUAGUGUUGACAUGGAAGAAGAUUUAGUGUUUGGGUGGGAGUAGAUGCAGUUGGAUAUUAGGUAGAUAGGGAUGACCUCCUGUGUACUAAAUUUGAUCUUAUUCUGUCUUUUAUGGUAAACAUGCUACUUACUACCUGUAGACAUUUGUGAUUCUUGGCAUUUGGUUUGAGGUUUUUGA